AAAGCAACACUACACGGGUAGUACGUGAUAAGCACCUCCAAUAAUCAAGCUUUGAUGGAGCCAUGUGAGGUCCUAAUUUGGCUGUAGACUCCACACCUAUGCUUCAUCAAACAGCCACCUUUGACCUUCAUAUUCUCUCUCUCUCUCUCUCUUUGUGAUAACCGAUACAGCCCCAACCUGAAGAAGGCUUCUUCUUUUUGUCUCAUCAGUGUCCUCUUGCUGCAGGCGGUCAAUACAAUAUUAACUCCCACCAAAUUCCAGAUUUUCGUGGGCAAAUGUCCUACUGUCUCCCUUUCAUGAAAAUCAUGAGAAAUUCCGUUACCAAUUUUGACCACAUCAUUGCUUUGUGACCGGGGCAUGGACAGUUUAUUUUUCUUGCUUACAUGGAAAGAAAGCGCCGAAGCUGGAAAUCUAAAAGAUUUCACCGUUGGUUUUUGAGGAAACAGAAGAAAACCGAUCAAUUUCGGCUAGAUGAAUUUUCAGAUGGUGAAGACGAGGACGAUUCUAAUGACAGCUCUGUGUUCUAUUCAACCGAGACCGAUCUGCGCGCUGCCAACGAUGAACUGAGAGUUUUUGUGGGUACUUGGAAUGUGGCGGGAAAGUCUCCGGUGGGGAGUUUGGCUGUGCAUUUGGAUGAAUGGCUGAAUAUAAGAGAUGACGCAGUUGACAUAUACGUUCUAGGAUUCCAAGAAAUCGUGCCGUUGAAGGCGACGACCGUGAUCGGAGCAGAGGAUCCAACGGAGGCCACGAACUGGAAUGAACUAAUAGGCAACACGCUCAAUGACAAAUAUGGGUGUUCAUGUCCAUGGCUGAAGCCAAUGGUGCAUCCCAUCACUAGUGAUGAUGGACCCCCAAAAUCUAACAGAGACAGCCCACAAACAACACCAUUUCCUGCUAAAGACGAUGAUGGGAUUCAGUUCGAGCAGCAGGAUAGGUACAGAUUGAUGGCCAGCAAGAAGAUGGUUGGAGUCUUUAUUAGUGUGUGGAUGAGAAGGGAAUUGCUAAAGCGCUACGACGUCUCAGGCAUUAAAGUCUGUUCUGUUGCGUGUGGUAUAAUGGGUUUUAUGGGAAACAAAGGAUCAGUUUCAGUCAGCAUGACUAUAGGGGGUGCCAGUUUUUGCUUCAUAGCUGCACAUUUAGCCUCGGGAGAGAAGAAAGGCGAUGAAGGGAGAAGGAAUUACCAGGUCGCGGAGAUCUUCAAGCGAACGUGCUUCCAACGGCUACCUGAGGAUGGUGACAAGCUUCACCCACUAACCAUCUUAGGACAUGAUAGGAUAUUCUGGUUUGGAGAUCUCAACUACAGAUUAUACCUAGAAGACAACCUAGCAAGGGAACUAAUAAAAGAGCAAAACUGGAGAUCACUGCAGCAGUUUGAUCAAUUGAGGAGGGAACUCGAACGAGGCGGCGUAUUCCAAGGUUGGAAAGAGGGAGACAUAGAGUUUGCUCCCACUUAUAAGUACUCUUCCUACAACUGCAACAGGUAUUCGGGUGGAAUUCCAAGUAGAGCAGGAGAGAAGCAAAGAACUCCAGCAUGGUGUGACAGGAUUCUGUGGUAUGGUAAAGGAGUGAGGCAACUUUCCUAUUUCCGCAGUGAAAUUAAGUUUUCAGAUCAUCGGCCUGUAUCAGCUCUUUUCUCUACUCAGAUUUUUGUGAAAUCUGAAAACACAAACACAAGGUCUCCUGCAGUCCCGGACCCCAACACCUUUCCUGCUAAAACUCCCAGCACAGCUGUAAAUGAAAUGGACAGUAAAGAGGCAGCAGCACCCGCAUUGCUCUCGUUAAUUGGGAAGGAAGUGGACUAUGAUGGACUAUGAUGCAGUAAUUUUUUAUUUAUUUUUUAUUUUUUGUUUUUGCUGUAUUGAUACUGAAAUAGCCUGAUUUACACCCAGACCAACCACAAAGCACAGACUCAAACAGAGCACAUGGUUGGGGAAAAGAAAAGCAAAAACUACGUGCAAUUUUUUGAAAGAAAUUCUAGAUAUUAUCUGA